GGAAAAUUGCGGCUUGAUAACUCAUUGACGUUUAUUCAACUGAAUUAUACAAUUUGAUUGGAAAAGUUAAUUCCACUUUUACAUUUUCUUUAUUCUAAAUAUCUAAAUAACAACAACGAAACAAAAUGGUUGAAACAAAAAAUGAAACCCCAUUGAAGAUCCUGAUGACUGCUAGUAGAGGUUUCUGGUUGACUUGGUUACAUUUUUGGUUAUGAUUCUGGCCUCUAUCAUGGCGAUUCGUUACAAUUAUUCCUUAAAGCCAUAAACUAACUAGUUGGCCAUGUUAAUGCUAGCAUGGGCAUUGGUAAACUUUUGGCUCAAAAAGGACACGAUGUGAUGUUUAUCCAUUUCCCUGAGCAUCAGGAACUUGUUGAAAGGCAAGGCGUCAAAUUCAUAUCACUUUGGGAUUACAAAGGUGCGAAUGAGAUUCCAACUGAGGGAUUCCUACAUGACUCAACAAUGAAAGAUACGUUUGACAGUUCAAAAAAAUAUACACCGCAAGAUAUAAUGAGCAAUCGUGGUGGCCGAGGUGGAAGAGGUGGCCGUGGACGAGGAGGAGGAGGCAAAGGAGGUAUGCCUUCAAUCAACGGAGAAAACGAUGCUAUUAUUAACGCAAUCAAUUCAAUAAAGCCAGAUGCUGUUUUGGGUGAUUAUAGAUGGCCUAUGCCUUUUAUGACGAACUGUCCGGUUCCUUUUAUUCCAAUCAUGUCUAAUGCUCCACUUCAGUUGUAUAAUGGCCCACCCCUUGGCUCGGGCCUUUCUGUUUUUGACUCACCAGAGAAAUGGGAGGAAUAUCGUUCAUCAAACAAAGGUUUCGGUCCUCAUGGAUCAUCUGAUGGAAACCCAUGGGGUUAUGCUGAAUAUUUAGGAAUAUAUAUUUACCCAGAAGCUUUAGAUUAUAAAGAGUUGGGUCCACCAGCUAAAAAUUGGGUUCGACUUGAUUCAUCCAUUCGAAAACCAGAUUCUGAAGAUUUUGAAAUUCCGGAUAAAUUGAAAGAUAAACCUGGUAAAUUGAUUUACGUAUCAAUGGGAACAAAUGCUUCUAAUAAUCCUCAACUGAUAAAAAUGUUGGUUGAUGCUUGUGCAUUAAUCCCUCACCGAUUUAUUGUUGCUACUGGUAAAAACGGAGACUCUAUACCAUUACCUGAUAAUGUUUGGGGAGACAAAUUUCUUAAGCAAGUAAAUAUUUUACCCAAAGUUGAUUUGGUUGUUACUCAUUGUGGAUCUAAUUCGUUGAUCGAAAGCUUGUGCUUUGGUAAACCAAUGGUCACUAUACCUCAAUUUGAUGAUCAAUUGGAUAAUGGUCAACGAGUUGCUGAUUUAAAACUUGGAAAAGUAAUAAGUAUGUGGCAAUUCACUGAGGAAAAGUUUGCAAGCGCAAUCGAGGAAGUUCUCAAUAGUGCUGAGAUUCAUGAAAACGUUGAAAAAAUAUCUAAAGAAAUGAGCCAAUCUUCGGCUCCUGAUAAAGUUGUUGAACUGAUUGAAUACGUGGCCAGGAAUCGUAAAUCACCAUUUGAAUGAUCAAUAAUUCUUUAAACCAAUUGUUCUCUUUGCUAUUUUUCAUCUUUUACAAGUUGAACGAAAUUUAAAUAUGAAAUGCUGUUAUGAAUACUAAUCAAGAUGAAUAGAAUAAAACAGAGAAAAUUUAAUAAUUUUUUUUGAUAACUCUACUGAAUUGAUGUAACCAUUAAAAAUUUCUCAAUAAAUAA